AUGGCCCCGAAGCGCGCGAAGCCAGCGCUUCUGUCGGCGGAGAUCAAGAUGUUGAUCGCGGUGUUGUCUGGGAAGGACGAGGUGCCCUUGCAGGUCGACGGCCAGGUGCUGCACGCGCGCGCCAAGACGAUCGCGGGGAUCGUCCAUCGGCUUCUUGAGGAUCCCGCCAGGGUGCCGCCCAUCGAGGCGUUGAGCUCCGAGCCCGCGAAGGGCAUCCUUCCUUCGAGCGAGAAGGGCGCCUCGAAGAAGACGGCGAAGGGCCGCGCGCAGGAGUUGUCCACCAAUCCGUCGUUCGACGGCAAGGUGAAGACCCUCGGGGAUGUGCCUGGCGCCUGGUUCUUCACGCUGUGUGCGAAGAUCCAGGGCGGGGAGAUCCCCGAGGGUUGCGUGGACUUCAUCUGCCAGAAGAGCGCCACCCACCGUGGCGUGCAGGACUAUAUCACAGGCUCUUUUUUUGCAGGAUGCAGCGUUAGGUCGGCGGUUCUUUAG